AUGGCGCAGCAUCCGCUCGAGUUUACCAUCAAGAUUUUGGAAAGGGAUGUUCCCCAAAGAUACAUCUGCGCCAUCGAAAUUCUCGAUCCCGAUGGCAUCGGCUCCCACAGCGUUGUGCUUGAUGGGCUCGUCCUCUGGCUCCCUAUUCCCCCUUCGAUCUUGAAGAUCAUGACACACUCAAACAAAGUUAGACCAAACGAGAAGAUGAUCUCAGGACAACAAAUCCUGGAGAGUUCAUUGCAUCUCGACUUGAUCGAGCAUUUGGAUUCCGAGAUCAUCCUAGGUAGUGGACUCAAAGAUUUAUCUCUGGCCAAGAGAUGGAUCCACCCGCGACGAAACAGUCUGGCUGGAAGCACACUCCAAGACAAGGAGCGGGAAUUGGGGAUAGUGUCCCUCGGUACCAAGGAUCCUGCUCAAAAUGACGAAGUUCCUGUCUACAUGCCAGCUCCCAAUGGCAGCAACAAGCGCAGCGCGUCCCAUGGCCGAGUCGUCCAUAAGCAUAACCACCAUCACAAGGGUGAUCGAGUCCACAGCCAUUCGCAGGGUGCUGUACACGAUGAGAUGAAGGCUUGGCAGCUCCGAAGCCAGCUCACAGACCCAUGCAGAGAUGGUUCCCCAACGAGAAAUAUAGAAGAACGAAGAAGGCAACAUGGUAAAGAUAUGGGGGCUAUAGAAUGCAUGGAGACUCUGCAGUGA